AUGGUGGUGAGCGCGCGGGUGGAUAGAAGGCCUAGGCCGCUCCAGUGCUCUGCGCUGAUGAUUGGUGGCCGCCCCGCUAGAUUUUGGAGCACUGUGAACUAUAACGUGACAUACUGUGGACUCUUAAAGGACAUGAAGAACAUAAAUGGUGAAAGAUUUUUGGUGUUACCUCAUUUGGAAAGCCUUGAGAAACAGGAGAACAUUUCUAACAAAAUGUCAUCUUUUCGAAGUCAUUGUCCACAUUUGGAUUCAGUUGGUGAAAUAACUAAAGAAGAUUUAAUACAAAAAUCUCACGGUUCUUGUCAGGAUUGUAAAGUCAGAGGACCAAACCUUUGGGCAUGCCUGGAGAAUAGGUGUUCAUAUGUUGGCUGUGGUGAAUCACAAGUGGAUCAUAGCACCAUACAUUCUCAGGAGACAAAGCAUUAUCUAACUGUGAACCUUACCACCCUUCGAGUAUGGUGUUAUGCUUGCAGCAAAGAAGUAUUUUUGGAUAGGAAAUUAGGAACUCAGCCUUCAUUACCUCAUGUAAAACCACUUCACCAAAUACAAGAAAAUGGCGUACAGGAUUUUAAAAUACCCAGUAACACAACAUUAAAAACUCCUCUGGUUGCUGUAUUUGAUGAUCUGGAUAUAGAAGUAGAAGAAGAAGAUGAACUUAAGGCAAGAGGCCUGACAGGUUUGAAAAAUAUUGGAAACACUUGCUACAUGAAUGCAGCCUUGCAGGCUCUUUCUAACUGCCCGCCUUUGACACAGUUUUUUCUUGAUUGUGGAGGACUGGCUCGAACAGAUAAGAAACCAGCUAUUUGUAAAAGUUAUCUCAAACUGAUGACAGAGCUCUGGCAUAAAAGCAGGCCAGGAUCAGUUGUGCCUACUACUCUGUUUCAAGGAAUUAAAACUGUAAAUCCAACCUUUCGGGGGUAUUCUCAGCAGGAUGCUCAAGAAUUCCUUCGAUGUUUAAUGGAUCUGCUUCAUGAAGAAUUGAAAGAACAAGUCAUGGAAGUAGAAGAGGAUCCUCAAACUAUAAUGACUGAAGAGACCAUGGAGGAAGACAAGAGCCAAUCAGAUGUAGAUUUUCAGUCCUGUGAAUCUUGUAGCAGCAGUGAUAAAGCUGAAAAUGAAAAUGGCUCUAGAAGCUUUUCUGAAGAGAAUAAUGAGACAACAAUGUUAAUUCAGGAUGAUGAGAACAAUUCAGAAAUGUCAAAAGAUUGGCAAAAAGAGAAGAUGUGCAACAAGAUUAAUAAAGUAAAUUCUGAAGGGGAAUUAGAUAAAGAUAGAGACUCUAUAUCUGAAACAGCUGAUUUGAACAACCAGGAAACUGUCAAAGUGCAAAUACACAGCAGAGCUUCAGAAUAUAUUACUGAUGUCCAUUUGAAUGACCUGUCUACACCACAGAUCCUCCCAUCAAAUGAAGGUGUUAAUCCACGAUCAUCAGCAAGCCCUCCUAAAUCAGGCAGUUUGUGGCCAGGAUUGCCACCCACACACAAAAAAGUUCAAUCUGCAUUAUCUCCAAAGAGAAAAAAACAGCACAAGAAAUACCGAAGUGUUAUUUCAGACAUAUUUGAUGGAACAAUCAUUAGUUCAGUUCAGUGUCUGACUUGUGACAGAGUGUCUGUAACCCUCGAGACCUUUCAAGAUCUGUCCUUGCCGAUUCCUGGCAAGGAAGACCUUGCUAAGCUGCAUUCAUCAAGUCAUCCAACAUCUAUAGUCAAAGCAGGAUCAUGUGGCGAAGCAUAUGCUCCACAAGGGUGGAUAGCUUUUUUCAUGGAGUAUGUGAAGAGGUUUGUUGUCUCAUGUGUCCCUAGCUGGUUUUGGGGUCCAAUAGUAACCUUGCAAGAUUGUCUUGCUGCCUUCUUUGCCAGAGAUGAACUAAAAGGUGACAAUAUGUACAGUUGUGAAAAAUGCAAAAAGUUGAGAAAUGGAGUAAAGUUUUGUAAAGUACAAAAGUUUCCUGAGAUUUUGUGCAUCCAUCUUAAAAGAUUCAGACAUGAACUGAUGUUUUCCACCAAAAUCAGUACCCAUGUUUCAUUUCCACUGGAAGGCCUGGAUCUUCAACCAUUUCUUGCUAAAGAUAGUCCAGUGCAAAUUGUUACCUAUGAUCUUCUGUCAGUCAUUUGUCACCAUGGAACUGCAAGUAGUGGACACUAUAUUGCCUACUGCCGAAACAAUUUAAAUAAUCUCUGGUAUGAAUUUGACGACCAGAGUGUCACUGAAGUUUCAGAGUCUACUGUGCAAAAUGCAGAAGCUUAUGUUCUCUUCUACAGGAAGAGCAGUGAAGAAGCACAAAAAGAGAGGCGAAGAAUAUCAAAUUUGUUGAACAUAAUGGAACCAAGUCUCCUUCAGUUUUAUAUUUCUCGACAGUGGCUAAAUAAAUUUAAGACCUUUGCUGAACCUGGCCCUAUUUCAAAUAAUGAUUUUCUCUGUAUUCAUGGAGGUGUUCCUCCACGAAAAGCUGGUUAUAUUGAAGACCUGGUUUUGAUGCUUCCUCAGAACAUUUGGGAUAACCUAUAUAGCAGGUAUGGAGGAGGACCAGCUGUCAACCAUCUGUAUAUUUGUCACACUUGCCAGAUUGAAGCAGAGAAAAUUGAAAAAAGAAGAAAAACUGAAUUGGAAAUUUUUAUUCGGCUCAACAGAGCAUUCCAAGAGGAGGACUCUCCAGCUACUUUUUAUUGCAUCAGUAUGCAAUGGUUCAGAGAAUGGGAGAGUUUUGUGAAGGGUAAAGAUGGAGAUCCUCCAGGUCCUAUUGAUAACACUAAAAUUGCAGUCACCAAGUGUGGCAAUGUGAUACUCAAGCAGGGAGCAGAUUCUGGUCAGAUUUCUGAGGAAACGUGGAAUUUUCUACAGUCCAUAUACGGUGGAGGGCCCGAAGUUAUCUUUCGGCCUCCAGUGGUUCAUGUUGAUCCUGAUGCAGUACAAGCAGAAGAAAAAAUUGAAGUAGAAACUCGGUCUUUGUAA